AUGGAGUUAGUGUAUAUCUGUGGAGCAAUCAUCAUCAUAUUUUCUGGAAUAUUGUCUUUCUAUUUGGAUGUCAAUGUACCAGAACCUAUCAAGGAGAAGUUCAGCCUCAGAAUUAUGGAGGGAUGUUUGAAAGGCCUCGGUCAUGUAAUAGAUGUUCUUUUGAAACUUGGUGUAACACAACCAUACUCGCCAUUCAUUAAAAACUUGGGCAACAACGUGUACAGAGUCUGCACCUCUGGCAAACUGUGGAAUCCACAGGAUAAAGAUCUCAAGAUAACCAACAGAGUAAUGAGUGGAGUGCCUGUACGGAUGUACGAACCUUUGUCAUCGGUACAGAAAUCCAACAGACCAGUACUCAUAUACAUCCAUGGCGGAGGCUGGACCUUUCUAUCGGUUGACAACUACGACCUUCUCAGUCAAAAGCUUUCCAAGGACGCUGAUGUUGUUGUCAUAUCUGUUGAAUACCGACUGAGUCCCCAAAAUCCCUAUCCCGCUGGUUUGAAUGACGUAACCGACGUAAUUUCAUACGUAUUUAACAAUGCCGAAGACGUCGGAAUCAACCCGGGACGUAUCGCUGUAGGUGGAGACAGUUCUGGUGGGAACUUGGCAGCGGCAGCACAACUUCGCAAGGAAAUGCGUGGGAAAAUAGCAAUGCUGCUUCUGUUGGUGCCUGUGUUACAGGCGGCGAAUAUGAAAACGAUCAGUACUACAGAAAACGUUAAGUAUUUACGAAAAAGCGUUAACAAUCCUGAUCAAGUCAUCAAUGUCUUGCAUUACCUUCAUAUAGAUUUAUCACUCUUCAAUGCAUUCAAAAACAACCAACAUACCUCUGUUGCCUUUAGGCGAGGAAAGUAUCAAUUUUUGUUUGAUCAAAAGAAGUAUCUUCCUAGUGAAUACAUACGAUCUGAAGAACUUAGAAAAAAGAAAACAGACAUUAAUGAUUCAGACAAUAAGACAUUAUUUAAUGAAAUAAAAGAUAAGCUAACUAAUCCAAACAUCUUUCCCCUAAUGGCCUCAGACGAAGAUCUUUCUCAUUUUCCGUUUACGUACGUCAUGGCAGCAGGAUAUGACAUCAUCCGUGAUGAUGCCAUAAUGUUUGCGGAGCGUCUGAGACAUUUAAAGAAAAAAGUUCAGUUGUCACAUUUUCCCGACGGAUUUCACAAUGAUUUAGUAAUGUUUAGUGGCCCACUGCAAGUUGAUGUUGGAGUGAGAACAGUAAAUGACAUUUGUCGAAUAUUAAAGAAACUGUAGAGCAAAAUAUACAAACACACAUAUGAGAUACCAGUAUCUUAUGGCGUGUAAAACGUUGCUAUAUUCGAUAAUCUUAUGAUGUAUGUUCAAUAUCGUGUGAUGUAUGUUCGAUAAU